AUGCUGGGAAAUGUUGUCCGCGCCGCCGCCAUCUUUGUGGGGGUGCCUUGGCAGCGGGACCCCAAAAAUGGGCCUAGAUCACCCCAAAACGGGCUCGGAUCACCCAAAACGGGCUCGGAGCCUCCCAAAACGGGCUCAGAACCCCCAAAACGGGCUCGGAUCCCCCCAAAACCGGUUCCUAAUCCCCCCAAACCGGCUCGGGUCCAGAUCCCCCCAGAAUGUGUCCGUAACCCAUCAAAAUGGGCUCAGAUCCCCCAAAACGGGCUCGGAUCCCCUAAAAUGGUAUUGGAUCCCCCCAAACGGGCUCGGAACCCUCCAAAAAGGGCUCAAAUACCCCCAAAACGGGUCCGGAACCCCCCAAAAUUGGUCCAGAUGCCCCCAAAACGGGUCCGGAUCCCCCCCAAAGAAGCUCGGAUCCCCCAAAAUGGGCUCGGAUCCCCCAAAAAUGGGCACGGAUCCCCCAAAACGGUUCUGGAUCCCCCCAAAACGGGUCCAGAUCCCCCCAAAUGGGUCCGUAACCCAUCAAAACGGGCUCUGAUCCCCCAAAACAGGCUCGGAUCCCCCAAAACGGGCUCGGAUCCCCGCAAAAUGGGUCCAGAUCCCCCCAAAAUGGCUCCAGCUGCUUCCCAAUGGACACCAGUGCGCUUGGCCCAGGGUCCCCACGCCUGCGCCGGCCGGGUCGAGCUCUUCCAUGAGCACCAAUGGGGGACGGUUUGCGACCAGCACUGGGACCUAUGGGACGCGGCCGUGGUGUGCCGGGAGCUGGGCUGCGGCCCCGCACGCUCGGCCCCUGGGGCCGGGAGCUUCGGGAUGGGAACGGGACCCAUCUGGAUGGAUGGGGUCAACUGCACCGGGAUGGAGGUGGCGCUGUCCUCGUGCGGGAGCAAGGGAUGGGGGAAGAGCGACUGCGGCCAUGGCAACGAUGCCGGUGUGGUGUGUGCAGGUAAGGGAAGGGGGGAUGCUCCCCUCCGCCUGGUCAACGGCUCCGACCGCUGCUCCGGACGGCUGGAAGUGAGGCGCCAUUCCCAAUGGGGGACCGUGUGUGACCGCGCCUGGGGCACCCCCGAGGCCACUGUGGUGUGCCGGGAGCUGGGCUGUGGGGCCCUGGCAUCACCCUAUGGAGCAGCUCACUUCGGCCAAGGCUCCGGUCCCAUCUGGCUCGACCACGUCCAAUGCAAUGGGAGCGAAGCCGCCCUGGCCCAGUGCUUGGCCCGACCCUGGGGUACCAAUGGCUGCGACCAUGGACACGAUGCUGGGGUUGUCUGUGCGGGCUCCUCCCCGCAGCAGCCCCUGCGCUUGGCCAACGGCUCCAACCCCUGCGUGGGCCGAGUCGAGGUCCUCCACGACCACAAGUGGGGCACGGUCUGCGACGACGCCUGGGACCUGCUGGACGCCGCCGUGGUCUGCAGGCAGCUGGGCUGCGGGGAGGCCGUGGCCGCCCCCACCUCGGCUCGCUUCGGCCCCGGCGCUGACCCCAUCUGGCUCGAUGACGUCCACUGCGCCGGCACCGAGGCGGCGCUGAGCCAGUGCCAGCUCCCUGCAUGGGGAGAGCACAACUGCGCCCAUAGCGAGGACGCCGGAGUCGUCUGCUCAGGCCCCAACCCCUUGCAGCUGCGGGUGCAGGAGGGCCCCGGGCCCUGCGGGGGGCGCCUGGAGGUGCUCUACAACGGGACCUGGCUCGGGGUGUGCGGCACCGGCUGGAGCCUGCUGGAGGCCGCCGUGGUCUGCAGGCAGCUGGGCUGCGGGGAGGCCCAGGCAGCACCCAUGGGUGCCCCCCUGCACCAGGAGCACGGGGGGGCCCUGCUGGAGGGGCUCAGCUGCCGCGGCACCGAGCCGCUGCUCAUUGAGUGCCUGCAGACGCACGCGGGGCCGGGCUUGUGCCCAUUGGGCUUGGUGGCCACCGUGGUGUGCGCCGAGCCCGAAGGAGGGGUCGAUCCCUGCCCGGUGCUGGCCGCGCUCCUCGGCACGGGGGCGCUGCUCUGUGGGACCCUCCUCAUGCUCUGCCUAUGGGCGCGCUGUGGGCGCCGGGGUGGACGCAUUGAAGAAGCCACCCCAAACCCCCCCCAUCCACCCCCUGUCUGUCACCUCCUGCUUCCUCCCCAUCCCUCCCCUCCAGGCACAUCCAAUGGGAUCCCAAUGGGGUCCCUUCGCUUGGAAGGGGGUCCCAGCCGCUGCGCCGGGCGCGUGGAGGUGCUGCACAACGGCACAUGGGGCACGGUGUGCGACGACGGAUGGGGCUUCCAGGAGGGCCAGGUCGUGUGCCGGGAGCUGGGCUGCGGCUCGGUGCUGUCGGUGGCGCCGGGAGCUCGCUACGGGCAAGGGAAAGGGCCCAUCUGGUUGGAUGACGUCAACUGCACCGGGGAGGAACCGGCGCUGGGGGGGUGCCGAGCGAAGCCAUGGGGGGAGCACAACUGCAACCACGUGGAGGACGCCAGCGUCGAGUGCUCAGAUUCCACCGUGGCCACCUUGGGCACCCUCCAGUUGGUCAACGGCCUCGACCGCUGCGCCGGGAGGGUGGAGGUGCUGCACGAGCACAUGUGGGGCACGGUGUGCGACGACGGAUGGGAUCUGCUGGACGCGGCCGUGGUGUGCCGGCAGCUCGGCUGCGGCACGGCGCUGGCCGCCACCCACGGGGCUCACUUUGGAAGGGGCCACGAUCCCAUCUGGUUGGAUGAGGUCAACUGCACCGGUAGCGAGGCCGCGCUGGUGGAUUGCCGGGCCAGCGCGUGGGGCAACACCAACUGCUUCCAUG